AUGGCCAGCUCAUCUGCGGGUUACUUUCCAACUCCGCAAAAGUCCAAUUCGUUAUCGAGUCACAGUUUAUCAAAUCAUCCCUCAGCCGAAGACAGCGAUAACGAUGACCCCCAGGUUGUUCUUGCAGACGAUCCACUCGAUGAAGACGACGCGCAUAAAUUGUCAUUUAAGCGCAAAGAGAAACAGCCUGCGACCUCGAAAUUCCUAUCUGCAUUCGCCAAAUUGGGAACCGAAUCCCAGUCGCGGCAUAAUACACGAUCACCUAGAGGAAGCACACCAAGCCAAGGAAACGGUCGAGCAUACCCAAUAGGGAGUACUUCACAACAUAGUCCUGCGCCUAAAGAUGGAGCGCCGUUGGACUGGUAUGCUGAAGGGCCUGGUCGGCGGGUUGGAUACGAAGAUAUGACAGCUAUUGAUUGGAUCUUUGAAUACACGAAAGAACGACAAAGGCUACGGAUAUUAUACUCUAGAGCAACAGGAUUGAUUGGAUAUGUACAACAGCUUUUGGAUGCAAGUCAGAUAUGGAUAGUCCUUGUUUUGACAGGACUGGCGGCAGGGACAUUUGCAGCCGGAAUAGAUAUUGCCACGGAUUUCCUAGCAGAUUUAAAGACGGGAUAUUGUCGGGCUGGAGAGGAUGGAGGUCAUUUCUACCUAAAUAAAUUCUUCUGCUGCUAUGGAUAUGACAGUAUUGCGCAGUGUCGUGAUUGGGUACCGUGGAGUGUGGCGUCGAACUUAUCUUUUGCUUUUAUUUCAAGUGUGUUGGUGAAGGAAUAUGCCUUAUAUGCGAAGCAUAGUGGGAUCCCUGAGAUCAAAACUAUAUUAGGGGGCUUUGUAAUUCGGCGUUUUAUGGGGAUCUGGACAUUAGUUAUCAAGUCCCUCGGACUGUGCCUAUCAGUCGCAUCUGGAAUGUGGCUCGGCAAAGAAGGUCCACUUGUACAUGUAGCAUGUUGUUGUGCCAAUGUAUUUAUGAAGUUAUUCGUCAACAUCAAUGGUAACGAAGCUCGAAAACGUGAGGUACUCUCAGCGGCCGCAGCUGCUGGUAUAUCAGUUGCCUUUGGCUCACCCAUUGGUGGUGUACUCUUUAGUCUAGAGGGAAUUUACGGCGGUCUCUUUAUUAAAGUCAAUACAAGCAUUUUUCAAUGGAAAAAGACUGCUAGAUGGCUUCCGGGUCCAAUAACACAGGUUAUGAUUGUUGCCACCUUGACCGCCCUAAUCAACUACCCAAAUCUUUACAUGCGAACUCAGUCGUCUGAGCUAGUUUUCUCCUUAUUUGCCGAGUGUUCAAAGCUUACCGACGACCAAUUCGGAUUGUGCAAAACUGGAGCUGCUACUAUUGGAACAAUAUUUUUAUUACUAUUUGCAGCUGUACUUGGUUUCUUCUUAGCAUCGAUGACAUUCGGGCUGCAAGUUCCCGCAGGGAUCAUUUUACCUUCAAUGGCAGUUGGAGCGCUCUUUGGUCGUGCCGUUGGCAUUCUCGUAGAAAUAUGGGUUCACAAUUUCCCCAAAUUUUUUGCAUUCUCAUCUUGCGAGCCAGACAUGCCAUGUAUUACUCCUGGUACAUAUGCGAUAAUUGGAGCCGCUGCAGCAUUGGGUGGUGUAACCAGGAUGACUGUUUCGAUCGUUGUUAUUAUGUUUGAGCUCACCGGAGCUCUGACUUAUGUUUUACCAAUUAUGAUUGCUGUCAUGAUCAGCAAAUGGGUCGGUGAUGCUUUCGGGAAGCGUGGCAUUUACGAAAGUUGGAUUCACUUGAAUGAAUAUCCAUUCUUGGAUAAUAGUGAUGAGACGCCAAUACCUGAUAUAUCGGUUCGGCAAAUCAUGACUCGGAUUGAAGAUCUUGUCGUGCUCACCGCUACCGGUCAUACCAUUGAAUCUCUAACAAAUGUUUUGGCGAGUCAUCCAUAUCGCGGCUUUCCUGUGAUCUCGGAUCCCAGGGAAGCUAUAUUGUUAGGAUAUAUAUCCCGAGCAGAACUUCAGUAUAACCUCAAGAUAUCUACACAAGCACCUCGAUCACUCCGGCCUGAAACAGAAGCAUUCUUUUCACAUCAACCAUUUGCGGAUCCACGAACAACACUUGACCUCCGACCAUGGAUGGACCAAACCCCUAUUACUUUACCUUCACGAUCAAACCUUCUCAUCACGGCGAACUAUUUCCAGAAAUUGGGUGUUCGAUAUAUUCUUUACUGCGAUCGAGGUGUAUUACAGGGACUGUUAACCAAAAAAGACAUCUGGUACAUAUUGAAUGGUGCAGAAGAGACUAGGAGAACAAAUGGGCAGGAUGAUAUGAGUCUGGACACGGGACUUGCAAGAGAAGAAGGUAGAGGAGAGCGCAGAGGGUUAUUGCAUGGUGAUGAAGAUGAUUUAGUCCCACUUACACCUUCUCGUGAUGAUUCAUCGAUCUUAUAA